AUUAACGAACUAGUUUCCUAUAUCAGUUCUAUACCCGUGUGUAGUCACGUGUUAUAGACACAAAAAUUCACGUGUUUUUAUUAUUUAAAUUGUUUUAAUAAAAACCUCGGUUUGGUCGCAUAACAACACUGGUAACUUCGUGUUUACAUUUCACAACACUGAUAAUCAUCUGUGGACUCGCCGUUCUUCAGCGUCUGUCGUCUUUUGAUGACGUAAUUACUGGGACUUUCCGCAUACGUCACUCGGGGCUUCCGAGUUCUUUAGCUAGCUCUGUCUACAUAUGUCUUCAUGUCGUUAGACACACAAAACUACGCCGUGUCCGCUCCGGAGUACUUUACGUAAAACACCAUGAAAACACCAGAGGCUCCGUACGUCACCGGAAGCUUCGAGAACUGAGUCUAGGUCGGCGGGAGCGGUGCUCAGACUCAAAAGCGGGAUGUCAACAACGCGGCCCCUGCUCGGGAUGAGGCGAGUCACCGAGCUAACGUUGUCCGAGCAGCCCGGCGCCAGGCUCCCUGCGUCAGCAGGCAGGCAGCCACCGGAGGCCGCCACUACCAACACCACUAACACAACCUCCAUCACCACCACCACAGCCGCCGCCGCCGCUGCUGCUGCUACUACUACUGCUUUAGCUUCAGGUUCAGUGUCUGCCUCUGCCGCUACCGUGGACGAGUUCACAGUCCCGGAGGUGAAGGAAGAGGAGCUGAAAUGUGCCAAACCCCGAGUGGAGCUGGUUUUUAAAGUCAAGUUCACCAUCAUCGGUCUGUUGGACCACACGGGACAGGCGCACGGCAGCAAAACAUCCCGGCAGAUAUGGCUCCAGCUCAGGGGAAACAGAGAGGACGUGUCCAAGGCUAAAGAAUAUGUGCGAGGACUCUGUGACCCAGAACUGCAGAAGGAUGAACGAUACCCUGUGGACAUGCACUGCAUCUUUGCCGGUGCCCGAGGUCUGUUCCUGGACAGGCUCAUACGGGACACAAGUGCUGAGGUCCAGGUGCCAGAACCCGGCCGCCUGAGACUUCUGGGCCAGGCUGAGUCUGUGGUGAUGGCCCAGAGCAGAGUGCAGCAGUUUGUAGCACUUUUCCAGGAGAAGCGAAGUCUACCCAGUGACAAGGAGCCUGCAGUGAAACGAACCUUCAAGUCCUUUGUGGAGGAGCGAGAUGACAAGUACACCAUGGAGCUGCUCCUCCUGCCCAGCGCUCUGAAGGAGGAGCUGCUGGGUUUGGCCCAGAGCCCCACCAGCACCAACACAGCAAACUUGGCCCAGCACCACCUGACACUGCACCCCAGUGUGGCAGAGGUGGACCAGGACCGGUCUCAGAGCAGUACUCCAGUGACCGAGCUCUCCAACCGCAUCCUGGACACCACCUUCGAGGAGAAAGGGACCGGAACAGUUUCAGUCGGUGGAGGAACCAAAGCUGGGGUUUUGGGUUCAGGCCACGACGCCGUGCUGCUCAAUGGCACUCGGCCUUCACAUAAGCGGCGCUCUUCUGAGAGCGAGACCAGGGACACAAAGAGACAAUAUUCUCUGGAGCGACGAGACGAUUCGCCAGAGCGGGCGAGGGAGCGGGAGAGACAGAAAGAGAGAGAGGGUCGCAGCUGUAGCAGCAGCUGUCGAUCGAAAACGCCCUGUGCUUCUUCAGCCCUCUCUGUUUCCUCCUUCUCCUCCUCGUCCUCCUCCUCCUGUGGUAAGGCCAACACAGUUGGUCCCAUCAUGUUGGACUCCAGUGAAGACAUCUCAGAUGAUGGAGAAGCUGUCAGUCCGGAGACCAACCUACGCUGCCUGGUCAAUUUCUUCAGAACCAUGGGCUACCAGCAGGAAGUGGUGGAGCGUGUUGUCAAAGACAUGGGCCAGACGGAAGAUACCUUCCUUGUCCUGGAGAAAAUUGUGGAGGAAACCAAUCGCUGUGACAAAGAAUCAAAAGAAGGACACAAGGACAGACGGCUCGGUCCCAUACGUCCUGCAGACACACCUUCCUCCUCCUCAUCCUCAUCCUCCUCCUCGUCCGCUACAGUCUGUCGUCUUAAAGACAAGGAGCGUGAGCUCAGCAGACAUUUGGUCGACCCCGGCAGAUCAAAGGAGAACAUCAAACCCAACCACCACGGUGUGGGCAGCAGUAAUGGGCUGGGACACAGGAGACAGUGCAGCAGCAGUGAGAGCAGCACUCAGCAGGCCAUUACCAUUAGGAGGAGCUCCAGUGCUCAGGGCGGGGCGGGAAACUACGAGGUCAUCACCAUUGAUGAUGACGACGACAUCAUUUUGAUGGACGCCAAAACGGCAGAUUCCCGGAGGAUGACGGUGGCCCAUCUGGACUCUCACUCGGGAUCCAGAACGGACUACCUGGCCCGGGGAGGUGGCGUCACCGCUGUCCCCACCGCCGCCACCCCACAGAGGGACUACCUGUCCAGGGGCGGGACCCAGACUUUGGGGGGAUCAGUCAAGGUUGAAAAUGUGACCGCGCUGCGGAGUGCCCCCCAGUGGCUGACUGCCACUACCACCUCGCUGGCUUCAACUCCCAAUUCGGCCCAGUCCAACAGCAGACCCUCUCCUUAUCAGACCAUCGGCCACACAGGGUUCCACGGCGGCAUCGCCCGCACUCCACCGGCCAACGAACCCCCUCCUCCUCCUCCUCCUCCACCACCACCGCCACCAGUGACCGGUUUGUCUCGGUUCCAUCAGUCCCUGAAGACUCCUUACAUCCUGAAGCUACCCAACGAGCCGGGGCGACCGGACCUCAGACACAUCAUCAUCGAUGGAAGCAAUGUGGCCAUGGCGCACGGCCAUCAUCGCGUCUUCUCCUGUCGAGGCAUCGCGCUGGCGGUGGAGACGUUCUGGAGGCGGGGCCACAGGGAGAUCACAGUCUUCGUCCCCCAGUGGCGUCAGAAGAGAGACAGACUCACCAUAGAACAACAUUUUCUGAACCAGCUGGAGGAUCUGCGGCUGCUCUCCUUCACUCCCUCCAGAGAAGUGUGUGGACAGAGAAUCGCAUCACACGACGACAGGUUUCUUCUUCACUUGGCUGAGAAGACGGACGGCAUCAUCGUCACCAACGACAACCUUAGGAACUUUGUCAACGACUCCAACACCUGGAGGAAGAUCAUCAAGGAGAGGUUGCUGCAGUUCACGUUUGUGGACGAUCACUUCAUGAUCCCUGACGAUCCUCUGGGGAGAAACGGACCACAUCUGGACCACUUCCUCAGGAAACCAAUCAGGAGACCUGCAGUGACGACUCCUCCUCCUCCUCCACUCAGACCUCCUGACUCUCGCCCCCUCCCACAGCAGCAGCAGCCCGUCUACGUCCAGGCUCUCCACUCGGCUCCUUGGACCCCCGCCUCCACUCCCAGGCCCCCUCCCUCCCUGGCACCCCACCCCGCUUCCACCCACUGGCCUCACUCCGGUCCUCCUGAGUGGCACCAGCCUCGCCGAUCGCCCUCCCCGUCGCCCUCGACCCCGCCGCAGCGGUCGGCGGUGGAGACGUCGGAGCUCAAGAGGAAGCUGUACGACAUUUUCCCAGACCAAAAGCAGCGGAUCGACCGCAUCCUCAGCGACAACCCGUACAUGAGAGACCUCAAUGCUCUGUCGGGGCUGUUGCUGGGUUAGAGGACUGACCCACACGUGGACACAGCAUGAACCAUGAGCUGUACAUAAGAAAAUGGUCACAGCCCGAUUUGAAUCUGUUUGAAUCUCGCGGAGAAGUUUUUUUUGUUUUUUCGCCCGGACAUCUUGAAACUUCUCAGUAAAAAUCAUCGUAACGCUUGUUCAACCCAGUUGAAAUUCAAAGGCUGCAGCCAUUUUUCUUAUUAAGAGUCUAUGGAGUUUACACAGCAUAAAUAUAUAAUUUAUUUUUGACAUCUUUACCAGCCUGGAGGACAUUGAAACUCGCUGCUAUUGGCAAUUUGUCUUUAAGUUCUGUUCACUUUUUUUUUUUUUUUUUUUUUACUGCUUUUCCAUUUGAUGCACAAGAACAACACUGGCUUCUCAGACGUUGGAGCAGGAAAAAAGUUGCAGGGAAUCAUUGUCAGGAAGGUCCUCAACAAAGGUCCUGAGGCCGGACAAAUAUAGACAAAGAUCUGGGGAGAAAACCCCGCCUCCAGACUUUUGAACAUUUUCACCAACUUGUUUUCUUUUCCUCCCAUUAUUACACUGGCCGCUUUAUGCACGUUUUCACAGAGGAAUCGUCUGGAGAAGAAUUAGUUCAGAUCACCUGAAGAAAACAGAGCUAUUUGAGUUUAGUUUUGAAAGAAAAAAUAAUAAUUUUGAAGUAAAACAUCACAUUUUUGAUUUUUGUUUUUUAAGGUUCUGAUCUGAAUCAACCCGAGUUCUUGGUACUUUUAUUAGCGAGCAGCUCUUUGGUCUUUGGCUUCUGGUCUCGUCCAGUUUUCUUUUCCUCUCGACUGUCGACGUCGACUGUUUCAUGUUGGGUUCAAAGACUGUAUUGAAGAAAUGGAAUCAUCUCAGCUGGUCGUGGCUAGUAGGAGUUGACACAAGUGGGCAGCGUAGUGCAGGUGCAGGUGGAAGUUACUUUAAAAUUAAGCUGCUAACUGCUUGAUUUGUUACAUCGUUAUCUUGAAAUAAUUCGUUUUUUGUCAGCAAGUUAUUUAAACGUGAGCAAGUUUGACAAAUUUAGUCUUCUGUGAAGAAGUUCAGUUCAUUGAAGAAGAAGAAGAAGAAGAAGAAGAAGAAGGGAGUUGAAUAAUUGAAAUAAAAACAUUUUUUCUAAUAAUUGACCAUCACAGCAGUUAUUAGUUGUGGAGGAAAACGAGACAUUCAAGUGAAGUGUUAAACACAGGUGUUCAAAAGUCCUGAAUCUGAACGCAUUGUGAAAUUCCAUAGGUAAAAAAGUUUUUUGUAACUCCACCAGGGGGCUACGGCCUUUAUUUUUCUAUACUGUCUGUGGUUCACUUCUAAAACCGUUCUCCUUCAUUUUGGCUCCAUUUGUCUUAUAUUCGUUAAAAAAACUCCCACCCCCAAAGCCUGCCUCCACUGGCCAAUAUUGGCAGUACGCCUUAAGUCUUGACUUUACAAAAAUGUUAGCGUCCCUUUGACAUAGUUGCACUGUUGAGUUCAAAGACAAAGAGUGAAAGAGUUGAAGUUUCGGUUUUUCCAGGAGGACUUUUGGAGUUUGUUCGAGAUUCCUUCGCAUUGUUGUCGUCGUCUGUUCGGGCGAUAACGUGUUUCCACAGAGACCCAACACUAAAGGAGCUGCUUUCAAAUCUUUGCUAAUCCCACGUGCUUAUGUUUGGUUGCCAACAGGAAAACGUUACUUUAUUUUACUGGGGUGACAUUUGUAAUUAGUGUUAAAUAGCUGAGUUUAUCGCACUGAAGUCGAGUGAAACGAGGUCUCACUGAUGAUCCUUCGUCAAUGCUCGGAGUAUUUGUUUUAACCCCUCCCUCCCCUCUCUGCCUCACCCCUGCAGCCCCUCAUAUUUACCGUCUCUCUCUGCCAGUUUCUGUAAAUAUUCACUUUACACUUUAUCUCCUCGUGGAUGGAAAGAAUCUGCACAAAAAUCUUUACAGGGAGUAAAUAAGGAGAGAAGUUGGUUUCCCACCAGCAGCCGUGGUCUUUGUGAGGAAACCCCCCCCCCCGAAGGACUUUGAUUUAUUAUUUAGUUUGUUUGUUUUUUUCUGUUGUAUUAUAUUUCUCCUGGUGUAUAUCGGUUCUUCUGUUUUGUAAAUGCUAGCAUCUUUUUGGCUACAGUUCACAAAUGUUUUCAUGUCCGUGGGAAAAGAUCAGUGAAAUAAAACACAGCAGUCCCCGUUCAAACUCCUC